AUGUGCCGAACACAGGCUGCUGCCGAUGUGGCAGGUGGGGUUAACGUGCAGGGACGGGAGCUGCUCCCCGCCAACGUCAUCCCGCGGCACUACAAUGUCACGUUGGAGCCCGACUUCAAGAAGCUGACAUUUGACGGCACCGUGGUGAUCGAUCUCGACGUGGUCGAGGACUCCAAGUCCAUCUCGCUGCACACCCUCGAGCUCGACAUCCACAGCUCCAAGAUCACCUCGGGCGGCCAGACGGUCAGCUCGUCCCCUACCGUUUCGUACAAUGAGGCCACCCAGGUUAGCAAGUUCGACUUCGACAACACCCUCGCCAAGGGAAGCAAGGCGCAGUUUGAGAUCAAGUUCACUGGCCAGCUCAACGACAAGAUGGCUGGCUUCUACCGGUCGACUUACAAGAACCCCGACGGUAGCGAGGGUAUCUUGGCCGUCUCCCAGAUGGAGCCUACCGAUGCUCGCCGUUCGUUCCCCUGCUUCGACGAGCCCUCCCUAAAGGCCGAGUUCACCGUUACGCUCAUUGCCGACGAAAACCUGACUUGCCUGAGCAACAUGGAUGUUGCUUCCGAGGCCAAUGUCAAGUCUGAGCAGACAGGGGGAACCAGAAAGGCCGUUAGCUUUAACAAGUCCCCUCUGAUGUCGACAUACCUGGUGGCUUUUAUUGUUGGCGAGCUAAACUGCAUCGAGACCAACGACUUCCGGGUUCCCGUCCGCGUGUAUGCUCCGCCUGGCCAAAACAUCGAGCACGGCCGUUUUUCUUUGGACCUGGCUGCCAAGACUCUCGCAUUCUACGAGAAGGUCUUUGGUAUUGAGUUCCCUCUCCCGAAGAUGGACCAGAUUGCCAUUCCCGACUUUGCUCAGGGUGCCAUGGAGAACUGGGGCCUGGUCACCUACCGCGUGGUCGACUUGUUACUGGAUGAGAAGGCCAGCGGUGCGGCGACCAAGGAGCGUGUGGCCGAAGUCGUGCAGCACGAGCUGGCGCACCAGUGGUUCGGCAACCUUGUUACCAUGGACUGGUGGGACGGCCUGUGGCUCAACGAGGGCUUUGCCACCUGGGCCUCGUGGUAUUCCUGCAACGUCUUCUACCCGGAAUGGAAGGUCUGGGAGUCGUAUGUGGUCGACAACCUCCAGCGUGCCCUUGCUCUGGAUUCGCUCCGGAGCAGUCACCCGAUCGAGGUCCCGGUAAAGAGGGCCGACGAGAUUAACCAAAUCUUCGACGCCAUCUCCUACUCGAAGGGCUCCUGCGUUCUGCGCAUGAUUUCGACUUACCUCGGCGAGGACACCUUCCUCGAGGGUGUCAGGCGGUAUCUCAAGAAGCAUGCUUACGGCAACACCCAGACCGGGGACCUGUGGGCGUCUCUUGCUGAGGCCAGUGGCAAGAGCGUGGAAGAGGUGAUGCAGGUGUGGACCAAGAACAUUGGUUUCCCCGUGGUUACGGUGUCGGAGAAGGAUGACAAGACCAUCCAGUUGAAGCAGAACCGGUUCCUUCGCACUGGCGACACCAAACCCGAGGAGGACCAGGUUAUCUACCCUGUAUUCCUCGGCCUGCUCACCAAGGACGGCAUCGAUGAGUCGCAGACUCUGGACAAGCGGGAGGAUACCUUUACGGUGCCGAGCACCGACUUCUUCAAGCUGAACGCAAACCACACUGGUCUGUACCGCACGGCCUACUCGCCAGAGCGGCUUAAGAAGCUGGGCGAUGCGGCGAAGCAAGGACUUCUAAGCGUUGAAGACAGGGCAGGUAUGAUUGCCGAUGCUGGUGCCCUUGCCCAGUCUGGUUACCAGAGCACGUCAGGUGUUUUGAGCCUUCUCAAGGGCUUCAACUCCGAGUCCGAGUUCGUUGUCUGGAAUGAGAUCAUUUCCCGGGUCUCUUCGGUGCAGAGUGCCUGGAUGUUCGAGAACCAGGAGGAUCGUGAUGCCCUCGAUGCGUUCCUGCGCUACCUCGUGAGCGCCAAGGCGCACGAACUGGGCUGGCAGUUCUCGGAGAACGACGGCCAUAUUCUGCAGCAGUUCAAGGCUAUGAUGUUCGGCACUGCCGGUAUUAGCGGAGAUGAGAUUAUCAUUAACGCUGCCAAGGACAUGUUCAAGAGGUUCAUGGCAGGCGACAGGGCGGCGAUCCACCCCAACAUUCGUGGCAGCGUUUUCAGCAUGGCGCUGAAGUACGGCGGCCAGGACGAGUAUGAUGCGGUCCUAGACUUUUACCGCAAGUCAACCAACAGCGAUGAGCGCAACACGGCACUGCGCUGCCUGGGCCGGGCCAAGCAGCCCGAGCUUAUCAAACGUACCCUUGACCUUCUCUUUAGUGGCGAGAUCAAGGACCAAGAUAUCUACAUGCCCACCAGCGGCCUCCGCAGCCACCCGGAGGGCAUUCAAGCGCUAUACACCUGGAUGACGGAGAACUGGGAGGAGCUUGUCAAGAAGCUACCGCCGGCGCUCUCGAUGCUGGGCACCAUGGUCACCAUCUUUACGUCGAGCUUCACUAAGAAGGAGCAGCUCGCGCAGGUGGAGAAGUUCUUUGAGGGCAAGAGCACCAACGGAUUUGACCAGUCCCUGGCCCAGAGCUUGGAUGCGAUCCGGUCUAAGGUUACGUGGAUUGAGCGUGACCGCGCGGAUGUAGCCGCUUGGCUGAAGGAGCACGGCUACCGUUCGUAA